AUGGCGAAAGCUCAGAUUUAUACUGUAGCAAAGUCAAUCCUUGAAAUGUUGGAAUCUGAAGCUCUUGCUUCACAUCAAGUUCAAAAGCUCAAAAACCCAGUAGCCAGGAUAUACCAGAUGCUUGAAGCUGUUGAGCAGAAGAUAGAUUCUGGGGACGUUGAGCUUACGGAUUUGAUGAUGAAAAUGUUUGAUGCCAUCUUUGAAGCGGAUGACUUGGUGGAUGAAGCAGCUACUGAUGUAGCAGCUUCAAAGGUACGCUGUGGUUCUAUAUGUGGGAAGGGAAUUACUGUUGGUUGGAGAAUGCGAUCUGAAAUCAAUAUGAUUUGCGAGAAAUUAAAUCAAUUUCCAGAAUUACCAACAGAAAUAUCCUCGAUUAUUUCUGAUCUCAAUAACCAAUCAAAUCCACUUCCUGAGCAGAAACCUUUUCUGAAUGUGGAAAUUUCUGAUUGGGGAGAUGUCAUUUUCGGGAGGGAGGGUGAUAGACAUAGGGUAGUAAAUGCUUUACUCGAUACGAGUAAUCUGAAAGAUGAUAUCUCAGUUGUUGCCAUCGUUGGGCGGGAAGGAUUAGGCAAAACUACAGUAGCUAAGUUGGUGUAUAAUGAUGACGGAGUACAGUAUCAUUUUGACCUAAUAUUGUGGAUUCAUGUUGGCGAUGCUUUUGAUGUCAGGGAAAUUAUAAGCAGUAUAAUCAUAAGUUGCUCAGCAUCAACAAUACAAACAAUAGAUGGUCUUGGAUUGGACCAAUUAAUGAGUUUACUUAAAAGCGGACUUGGGAAGAAAUUAUUCUUGCUUGUGCUUGAUGAUGUUUGGAAUGAAGACCUUGAAAUAUGGUUGUCUCUCAAAAGAUCAUUGACCGUAGGGGCAAGGGGGAGUAGAAUUCUGGUCACAACACGCUCUGCUGAAGUUGCCAAGAUAAUGCAAGCUAUCUACACAGAAAAUUUGCCUGCUCUAACUUCAGGUAAUUCUUGGUCCCUAUUCAAAAGCAUUGCAUUUGGCUGGAGAGAACUCCCAGAACACCUUGUUUAUAGAGCCAGAAAGAUCUGUGAGUAUUGUAGAGGUAUACCUUUAGUCAUCAGAAGUGUUGCAUCUUUAUUUCAUUUGAAGAAUGAAGACGAGUUGGAAGACAUCUGCACAUCAUUGGAGGAUCACCUGCUGCCAGCUGUUGAUGAAAAUACUAAUAUACUUGCCGUCUUAAAGAUUAGCUAUAAUCAUCUCCCGUCACCAUUGAAACCUUGCUUUGCUUACUUGUCCCUAUUUCCUAGAGGCUUUAUAUUCGAUAUUCUUGAUGUAGCUAGUCUUUGGCAGGCUCAAGGUUUCCUUCAGCCAGCAGCACCAGACUAA